AUGGCAUCUGGGUGGUUCUACUCGCCCGCUCAGAUAAAACGGUAUUGCGCGUCGAGGAUUUCGAGUCUCAAGCCGCCAGAGACCAAGUUGAGAAACCCAUAUCAUAUCAUUCGCGAGCUAAACCGGCAACAAUGGCUGUUUUUCUCAGCUGGGUUUUUCUCAUGGACUUGGGCUGGUGUCGACUUUUUCGUGGUUUCCUUAUGUGUCACGGAGAUUGCGCAGGCAUUUCAGGUCAAUGACUCUGAUGUUUCGUGGGCGAUCACGGUAACGCUGAUGCUUCGCCCUGCGGGGGCGUUCAUCUCUGGAGUCUGCGCAGACCGCUAUGGAAGGAAAUGGCCGACAAUCGUCAACCUGGUUCUGUUCGUGGUUCUGGAGUUGGCUGGCGGGUUCGCUAUUAAUAUGCGGCAGUUCCUGGCCAUCCGGGCCUUAUACGGCAUUGCCAUGGGAGGCAUAUUCGGAUCAGCUGCCGCGACAGCUCUUGAGGACCUCCCGUAUGAAGCGAGAGGUAUAAUGUCCGGAUUAUUCCAACAGGGAUACGCGUUGGGAUAUUUGAUUUCCGCAACUUUGUACAGUGCAUUUGUGCCUACUACACCCCACGGCUGGAGAAGCUUGUUCUGGGCCUCCGCAGGGCCGCCCGUCGUCCUCAUCAUCUUUCGCUGGUAUCUGGCAGAAACCAACCAUUUCAUAGCCAUGAAAGCUGAGCAAGAGGCGAUGGCGAGCGCCGAAUCUUCAUCGGAGGGAGUCAACAAGGGCAGCCAUUCAGGUCUGCGCACGUUCUUCGGUGACGGGACACGCGCAUUUCAGGAAAACUGGGUGCUCUUCCUGUACAUGGUCCUGAUCACGUCAGCGUUCAAUUUCUGCUCCCACGGUAGCCAGGACCUCUACCCGACCUUCCUUAAGGAACAGGUAGGUACGUCACCGGCGGCCACCACAACGAUCACCGUGGUGGGUCAAAUCGGCUCUAUUAUUGGGGGCGCCACCAUGGGCUAUUUGAGCACCCCUUAUGGCCGGCGCCUUGUCAUGAUCAUAAGCUGUAUCUGUGGUGGUGUGUUGGUUCCCGCAUACGUAUAUACGCGCUCUAAUGCACUCAUUAUCUCUGCGUUUUUGGAGCAAUUCUUCGUUGGCGGUGUCUGGGGUCCUAUUCCCAUUCACCUUUCAGAGCUAACACCACCAGCUCUCCGUGGCUUGAUGGUCGGUUUUACUUAUCAGUUGGGCAACAUGGUGUCGUCCGCGUCCGCCACUAUCCAGUCGGUCCUUGGAGAGAAAUUCCCACUACCAGACAGCGAAACUGGAGAGAAGAGGUUCGAUUACGGGAAGGUUUUUGUCAUAUUCAUGGCCGUUACUUGGGCGUAUAUGUGCCUUGGGAUGCUUUUAGGUCCUGAGAUAAGCCGGGAAGAACGCGAUGAGGAGGCGCAGGCCGCAAUGCAGCUGUACCAACUACAACGCCAGGGGCUGAAUCCAGAGGAGGUUGGGCAGGUGAGGGCCAGGCUUCGGAAAGCGGAGGAGGGACACAGUCAGGAGGUGAAGAGCGGAGAGAUAGGCAAGACGGCAUACACCACAACGAAGCAAGUGGCUGGAUCCAUUGCAGAGAGAGUAUAGAACGGGUAUGGGGUUUGUUAUAUUAUAGACCGGUGGUUUACUCAGACAUUCGAUUUCCGUGCAUGAUGCAAAACAGCAUAUGGGUUUGGGAAUAUAAAUUUCUUUUUUGCUGGUUG